AACAAAAUGAGUAGCAAUUGAAGGGUAAGAAGAAGAAGAGGAGAUCUGAGUGAUCAUCCCUGUGAGUCAUGUCUCAAAAGUCAUCAGCAAGCAGCUGUGUUGUUCAAAAUCAAGAAUCCAAAUUCCAAUCAUGGGAACCCUAAUUUACCAGAUUUUCUCCUCCUCUGCUCUCCUCUCUCUCGGUCUCUACCACCUCUACUUCACCAUCCUCACCUUCCUCAAAUCCCCUCCCUCUUUCUCCGCCCGACCCCACCACCCUCUCCCUUCCUCCUCCUCCCGUCUCAAACACCUCCACCUCUACCUCCUCCUCCUCUGCCUCCUCAUCGCCAUCUCUCACCAAAUUCUAAUUUCCUCCGACUCCGAUCCUCUCAUUAAAGGCCACACCCCUGUCCACCUUUUCUCCUCCUUCCAAUCCGCCGCUCUUCUUUUCUUCUUUUUUCUUGUCUCCGUUGCUCUUCUUCUCUCCGAAACUACAACUCUUUUCCCUCUCCCACCUGAUGCCUUCUUCGCUCUGGGUUCUGCUCUCUUCUUAUUGCAGUAUUUCGUCUCUUCCUCUGCUGCUUCCGUUCAGACCUCUGAUCUCCAAGCCAAAUGUGACUCUGUUUCUGCUCAAAUUUCCGCUGUUGUUGCUUUCCUCUGCUCGAUUCUCGCCUUCCAGCCCAAGUUCUUUAUAGCUGAUGUUGGGUUGGCUGCCGCCAUUUGUUUGCAGGGGCUUUGGGUCCUUCAGACUGGGCUUUAUCUUAAUGUUGAAGCGUUUAUUCCUCAGGGUUGUCAUCGGUUGCUUGAUGUGGUGAGUGGGGUUGAGAGUUCUACGGAGUGUGAUCUGGAGGAGUCUAGGUUGAGGGCUGUGGCUAUUUUGGAUCUGCUUUUUGUGGUUCACGUCACGAUUGUGGUUCUUAUUGUUAUGGUUACAUACGCAGUUAUGGCUAGGACUAAUGGAACCAGGAGAUUGGGUUCAUACGAGGCGUUGCCUACUAUUGCUUCUGAUUCUAAUCUUAUUCAGAUGAAGGCUUUGACCGGCACCCAGGCAUGAAAGUUUGAACCUCGAUGGUGCUGUGAUUUCCUCUUGAUUUUCCUUCUUCUUCUUCUUCUUCUUCCUCCUUCUUCUUUAAAAAGAAAAUAUCUUUUAAGUCGUUUCUUAUGAUUCUUUAUGUUAUUGGCAAAUCAUAUAUUGUAUAAGUUAUCUUUUAGUUUAUCUCAAUUUUAUAAUCUCCUGGAAAUAAAAGUCUCUUCUUUUUAUUUUAUUAAACUAA